UCAAAUUCAUUUGUUUUGUUUGUUGAAAAGUCGUAUUUAAAAAAUUUUGUAUAAUUUUUCAUUGUUUUUUAUUCAAUGCAAUAGAAUAGUACUGCAAAACUUUUGAUUGCGUAAUGGCGGAAUCAAUAGAAAACGUUACAUCAAUCACGUCAGCUUCUACAGCAACGACUUCCGAUUCGACAUUAUUGUCGUCUGAAUCUCACAACAAUGGCGACGAAAAUAAACAGGGUCAUUCACAAGAGAAAACUGAUACAGAGAUCGCAAUAAAACUUGAGUGUCCUGUGUGCUUACAAACAUGCAUUCAUCCUGCCAGACUUCCCUGUGGCCACAUCUUCUGUUUUCUUUGCGUCAAAGGAGUUGCCUUCAAAAAUCGUCGCUGUGCAAUGUGCCGUCGAGACAUUCCUACGAGUUAUCUGGAGCAUCCUCAUCUUGUGAACGGGUUAGUAGAAGUAGAAAAGGCAGCAAAAGCUAGUGAUGGAACCGAAUACCAAUGGUAUUACGAGGGACGAAAUGGUUGGUGGCAGUACGACGAACGAACCAGUCAGGAACUGGAAGAAUUCUACCAGAAAAAGGAACGCUUUUGUAAAAUCAUGGUGGCAGGAUUUCUGUACGUUGUAGACUUUGAGCACAAAUGUCAAAUUCGGCAGAACGAUCCAUCAAGAAUACGCCGUGUCAAAAGAGAUUUGACGACAAUUCCGAAGAAAGGUGUGGCUGGGUUACGUUUGGAAACAAACGAUCUCACGUCUGGAGCUGCAUCUAGUUCCAAUUUGGAUGGUACUUUGAGCUCGGAUGAUUUGCAAGCUGAAACAAACUUAUUACAAAUGCAUAGAAAUAUUGUAGUCGAGGAAGCAGAAGAAGAAGAGACAGAAGAGGAAAUUCGUCGGAUCAAUUUGGAUGGUAGUUUCAGUAGCGACUCUUAUAAUGACAUCAACAGAUCCACUGUCAAUGGUCUUGUGCAAAGCCAUGAUGUGGAAUUAGCCGAAACGAUCACUCAUCUUAGUUCCUUGACGUUAGACAGACAACGGUUGAACCAGUCAAUGGAAGAACCGAUUACUAUUAGAAGAAACAUGCGUGAUCUAUUUCCACUGAGUGAUAGCGAUGAUGAUAACGAGGACAACAACCAUGCUGUACUUUAAUUGAUCUUCACUUUUAAUUUGCUUGAGAGCAUUACUUCUAUGCGUAUUGAAUUUGCACGGAAAAGUUCAGAUUGGAUUUGCUGAACUCAAAUAAAAUUUAGUGUGAUGUAACAAGUGUUGCGAGUUUUUUCAUCAGAGAAAAAACUGCAUAUUUACUCAAUAUGAUCUAUCUUUUGAUAAAUAUCUCUAUAAGCAAUGAAUAUCAUUAUUUGUUGGUUAGCUUUUGGUUUGAAGGAGGAUAUGAAUUCUAACAUGUUCAAUGACCUUUAUAUUUUUCAUUGCAAUAUAAGCGUUAGAAAUGAGCGCAUAUGAAGAGGGUUAUUGCAUGAACAGAUAAUCAGCCUGGUUUUUCGAACGACUACAAUAGAAUAGACGUACAAUAAGAAAAACGUAUGUCUAAUACGACUUGUUAUACAAUUCAGUAUGCUUUAUUUACUAAGAAUUAGUCUAAAAACAAUAAAUUUCGAGCAAAUUAAUUACAAAAUCUAAGUCGAAAUAAAGAGUUUUAAUUCAUUUUUGUUGAA